GGCAACUCUAUACGCAAUACGACCAUGCUAUUGAUAUUCAACCAGGAUCCUUCAGGUCGGCGAUGUGUGAAGCGGGAGCCGCGGAGACUGGGUAUGUGAUUGAACAGUGCACGGCUCGAGCAUCACCUACUCAGCUGUCCGUGCAGGUCGGAAGCCCUUCCAAUGCAUAAACAUUGCAAGGGAACAAUUGUGCAUGGUCUUAUCUCUGCAUUUCUGGGCUGACCAGUCCACGGACGCGGAUGAAAUGUGUUUCCCGGUGCCAUGGCUCGAUGAUCAAGCAAGUGCAUUCGAGAAACGCCUCAAUAUGAGUUUGUGUGCGGUAUGCGGGGACGAAGCUUCUCCUGUUGUAGAUGCAGUAGUCUACCUGCUAUUUGCUUCAUCUGUACUGCACUUUCAAUCAGCCUCCAGCCAGAACUCGGAUUUUCCAUCUUUAGCAAAUUCGCGACAUCAAUCUUAUCUGCUUCAGGCUUCAGUGCGGUAAGUGGGGAACCAGGCUGGCAGCUUUGCACGUCUAUUCUCCCUAGAUUAGUCUGGAUGAUCCUGUCUGUAAAUUCGAUAUCCUCAAUCAACAGAAGAGAUUCCAGCACUAUGAGAGCCAGCAAGGCGAAAUUACCAAUUGCGAGAGUAAAUCAAUUUUCGCGAUCAAUACCGAAACUUCUCUCAAAUAUGAUGUUAAAUUGUUGUACAAUCGUUUCCUUUCAUUGUGUAAUUCUUGUUUGUACCUUGGCUCCAUCGAAUGAAGAUCAAGCCAGACCUCCAAUCCAUUUGGUCCACGAAUGCUCCAAAGAUGACUGAUGGCUAUGGAACGACCAGUACUCCAUGCGGGGUCAGACGAGCAAGCCAUUUGAGACACGAAGUUGAGUACGUAGUUCAACCUUCUGUAGGCAGCUCAAAGGUGAGCGAACU